AUGUUCUACUCCGUCAUCGGCGAAAUCAUUUCUCAGAUCGGGAUUCCACAGACAAGGAGUCGCUUGUUCCCAGUGGAUCCAUUUGCAGAGAGGCCAAUAGUGAUAAAUGAUCAAGUCGAUGCGAACUAUUCGGAGGAAUUAAAUUCGAUACCACCAGUUAUAACAGAUGGCUUUGGUGCUAAUCAGAGGGCCGUUCAACCGCUGGUGCAAGGGCCCCAAGCGGCUGCACGAGAGACGGAAGUUUAUGAGAACACCGCCCUUUUCCCAGGAGAAGAUCCAAACGCCAAUUACCUGAAUAUCCUUUUCAAUCCGCCAGUCCUCCCACACCUUUCCUCAAGCGACCUAAUGUAUGACGCAAAUUCUCUGGGCCAUAAUGGCGGGGAGAUCUUUGAUGUCCACACAAAUACUUUUGUCGAGAAUGUUUCACGAUCAGAUUCCAGAAACGCCGAUUGCGCACUGAAAAGAAUCAAUACCUCCUGGCCAGCAAGAGCGGAAUCUCCCACCCGGCCUCGGCUCUGGCAAGAUGUCGCCUUUGGCAGUAUGGACAACAUCUUUUCAAGUCCUGCCUUUGACAUGAUGGUUGAGCCUGCUAGCCAGACGCCAGAAAGUGAUAAUGGCACAGAAAUCGAUCUAAAUUAUGACAUCAAGCGGCGCCUCCGAGAUUUGAAGCGCAAUAUUUCGGAAGAGGCCAUGGACUUCAUCAAAAAGACCUAUCCGGCUGCACAAGGUUAUGGUUUCUUCUGUUCCCGUCUUGGUCAAUCCUUCGAAUCACUGUACCCGCCACUCUUGGAUGAAGAGGGCCGAUGGAAGGCAUGGAGCAGGGUAGAAGCAACAAAAAACUUGAUAAUCGGUCUUCUACUGCACGACUCGUGGCUCUCGGGACUUUUCUCCUCGAGUCCCAUCAUUUCCGCAAACUCAAUAUAUCUCGCCCUCCCUAGUGAAGAUCUUCUCUACCGAGCUCCCUCUGCCGAAAAAUGGAUGCAGCUGGUAGCCCAAGGCUCCAGCACACUGACACCGACGUUGGAACUGUCAUUCUAUGGAUUCCAUCUGCCAGAUGUACCAUGCCCAGUUCAUGCUUUCUCCAUGUACGGGCUGUUAUGCUCGAUUCUCCUGCGUGUCUCAGCAGACUGCCACCGAUUAGUCUCCAGUUCCGAUUUAUUUUCACCUGAACAACACAAUAGCAUUCCCUGGAAUAUUUGUCGCAUAGAUAAGCGCGGCAGCAUCGCCGGUCGUCUUCUCAUGCAGACCAUCCAGUCCUACGACCAGACCUUUCGCGAGUCGAAUCCAAACUGCAUCGUGAUAUGGCACAGCGUGUGCAUUCUAUUGACCAUUGAUAUCAAUGUCCUGGAGCGUGGCGCUGGUCGGCACGGCCUAGAGGCAAUGCAUGAGGCCCGUCGAGCUCUUGCGCGGUGGGCACAAACUCCAAGCGCGCGGCGGUCAUGUCUGCAUGCCGCUCAGAUAUUUCGCACCCUAUCCCAUCGAAAUCCAGCGGAUGGAACGGCGUUUCAAUCUGUCCGUGCUUUGUUUAUGUCUGCUCUCGUGCUCGGACUGUACAUUUUGAUGGGGCCGACAUACGAGAGAACUGGUGAAAGUGGUGUCUUUGACUUGGCAGAUGCGGAAGUUGACUGGAAGGAGGUUGGAGAUGAAGGGAUUUCCAUCUCCGGUUUACCAGAUCCAAGUCACACAUCCAGUCAGAAUGCUGAGGAGAAUCCGGCCGUCUACUUCAUCCGCCAUGGUGGACCCAUCCUCUUCUCCGGCAAAACAUACCGCCCGGGAGCUCGGCACGCGCAACGCAUGAUACUGGACUUCGCCGGGCUGUUAGACGAGGUGGGUACACACUGGAUGGCAGAUUAUGCGCGUCUGCUAUACAUGGUGAAUGACACCAUGGGGAAUCCAGGGACAUGA